AUUGUGAAUCUGCGGAGGUUUGUUAAUGUCACGGUUAGGCACAGAGCAGCUUACCACUUCGGUCUUGGAUUGUCUCCAAGCAUUCAAAUAGCCAUCUGUGGAGGAAUAUAUGCUCCAUCGUGCACCGUUUUCCAUUUUUACCUGCGACACCUAACUGAUCCUGAUGUCAUCUACCUCGAAUUACACCACUCUCAUCUUCGACAUUGGUGAUGUUUUGUUCUCUUGGUCCCCGCAGACCAAAACCUCCAUAUCCUCAAACGCUCUACGUAAAAUCCUUUCUUCUCCUACUUGGACUGACUAUGAAAGGGGGAGGAUUUCCCAGGCUGAGUGUUAUGUUAGGGUCGGCGGCGAAUUCUCUGUAGACCCCACAGAGGUUGGCCGUGCGUUCCAAGAUGCUCGUGACUCUCUGCAGUCCAACGAAGAGCUCAUAUCGGUUAUUCGACACCUCAAAGCACGCUCGGACGGGAUGCUACGUGUCUUUGCCAUGUCAAAUAUUUCUGCGCCUGACUAUGAAGUUCUUCGUACCAAGCCUGCUGAUUGGUCGUUGUUCGACGGCAUCUUCACCUCCGCCGGCGUGGGCGAGCGGAAGCCUAACCUUGGUUUCUACAAGGCAGUGAUUUCGAGCACAGGGGCUGACCCCUCCCGCACCAUCUUUGUGGAUGAUAAAAUAGAGAAUGUCCUCUCCGCGCGUUCGCUUGGGAUGUGUGGUAUUGUUUUCGACGAUCAUCAUAAAGUCGUCCGCGCGCUUUAUAACCUACUUGGAGAUCCUGUCGAAAGGGGCAGACAAUAUUUGACCGUGAAUACGAAGAAACUUCUAUCUGUAACUGAAAACGGCAUUUUCUUACGGGAGAACUUCGCUCAGCUCCUGAUACUGGAGGCGACUGAUAACCGGAAUCUCGUCAAUUUGACUGAUACACAUCGGACGUGGAAUUUCUUCCAGGGAAAUCCAUUGCUUACUACUGAAGAGUUUCCCUUUGACCUGGAUACCACGUCCCUUGGGUUGACCGUAAUGGGCAGCCCUGAGGACGUAGCACACUCCGUUAUGGAUGACAUGCUUGACUACAUUGAUGACGAUGGGAUUAUUCAGACAUACUUUGACCACCGCCGACCUCGGUUUGAUCCGGUUGUGUGCGUCAACGCGCUGACAUUGUUCUAUUCUUAUGGACGUGGCCAUCAACUUGAUCGCACCCUUCACUGGGUACGCGAGGUGCUCCUGCAUAGAGCUUAUCUCGACGGUACGCGAUAUUACGCGACCCCGGAGUGCUUUCUUUAUUUCCUUGGCCGGCUGCUUGAAAUCAGCAACGACGUAUACUUGGCAGCCUAUAUAAAGCCGUUGCUGAUCGAACGUGUUCGGGAGCGCAUAGGGACUGAUGGUGACGCUCUAGCGCUCUCCAUGCGGCUCCGGCUUUGUGCCUACCUCGGAGUACGCAACGACGUUGAUCUUCGUACUUUGCUUCCUCUGCAAUGUGAAGAUGGAGGCUGGGAGAUCGGGUGGAUCUAUAAAUACGGGUCCUCCGGUAUCAGAAUCGGAAACCGCGGUCUUACCACAUCUCUGGCCAUGAAAGCCAUCCUGGAGAUGCAACAACGCUUCCCUAGUCCCCCUCGUCCCCUUCUGCGCUACCCGCAGUUCCCCUCGUCAAGCAGGCUUAUACCACUGCACAAUCUCCUCCUGAGCGCUUUUUUCGUCGCAAGAGCGAUUCUUCAACCACUCCCAGCUCUAUUGCAGCGAGCCCAUCGGCCAGUAUUAGGCAACCGCUCCAUUGCUUCCAAGAUGAUUGAAGAAAUGACGAAAACUGCAGAUGAGGCAGAAUUCUGACGACAGAAUCUCCGCCGUGGUUCGCGGCGCUUUUUGCUUUUUCUCACUGUACAUGUCCAAUAUUUGCGACACUUUCAAAAAACCAAUAUAAACCAGUACUACUGUGCCUUUCUGUGACAUUUAUUGUCCUUGAACGGAAUCCUACACACUUACAGCAAUUCUAGACUUUCGUUGUAAAAUCUAGACCCCUUGCAUCAUCAAUGCAUUAUGGCGUAACCGUUCCAUGUUAUCAAGAUCCUCAUAUGAUCGCCAGAGAUGUCGUGCGACAGGACUCCACUGACAUCGACUCAAUCAAGCAAUCAUGCACGCGAAGUUUCGGUUUAUACUUGACCCCUCAC